AUGAAUUCAGUCGUUGGUGGAAUUCUGAUCGCCAGAUUUGGAAUGCCAAUUGGAUCUUUCCUUUCCUCAAUCUUAAAUACUAGUAAUCGGUAUGACUUGGGAGUUAUAUUUUUAUUAGCUUGUGGAUUGGGUGUUUCUAUCUUCCUAUUCUUGGUAGGAUUCACAGGUUUGGAAAUUUAUAAUUUUUAUAUCAAAAUCCAAGCCAAAAAGAUUAAGAAUCUUGUCGAACAAAACGAUCAGACAUUGGCCGACUAUUUCAGCAACAAAACCUUGAAGAAUAUUCUAAAACUUUGCAUUACAGAAUAUCGACCAGAUUUUGACAUUUUCAAAAUUAUUACUGCCAAAAAGAAAAAGCUUAAUACUUCCGCCGCUAUCAUGUGUUCGCUUUACACGGCCAAAUAUCAUGAGAUUCCUCAAUUUUCUCUGAGUUUAAUGUCGGUGGCCACAGCAAAAGCGAACAUUUUCAGCAGAUUUGUCGUUGCAAUUCGAAAGAACGAAAUUGAAAAUAAGUUUAACAAUCAAAUGACAAACGAAAUUAGAAUCCUGUUGGACAAAGUUGCAAAAUAUCAAGACCACAUUCGUACCUUGAGAAAAUCUUUUUGGCAAGCAUUGCUGUCCAACGAAGAAGAAAAAGACAAAUUGUCAAAUCUUUCCACUCAAAUGUAUCAUUUAGAACAAGAAAUUGAUGAAAUAUUCGAUUACUUACAAUUGAACUACCCACAAAAUGUACAGAUUGCACGAAAAAGACAAUGCUACCUUUCUGAAUUCAAAUUCCAACAACAACAAGAAGGCUAUGUAUCGAUUCCUCCAUUGGACCCUGGUUAUCAUCCAUCUUUUGUAAAAUCCAUGUCAAGAGUCCUUACUACUGCAUCAUUAAGGUCAUCUCUUUCUAUCAACAGAAGUAAUCGAGUCAUGCCAUUAGUGGACAUUCUGGAAUCUCCAUCCAAAAUCAUUGUCACUCAAGACAUUACUGCACGAAAUGUCAACUUGUCCACUCAAUUCUCAAACAAGUACAGGGACGCAAUUAAUGCUCCAACAACAAGAUGGUGGCAAAAAGUCAGCUUACUUUGGGUUGAGGCAGUGUCAGUCCUAUUCAUACUUUGUUUCUUUAUUUGUUCCAUGAUUAUUGUGACACGCAGCUUUCCAAAUAUAAUUUUUGCUUCCACUCAAUGUCAUCGAGUUCACACACCUGUGUAUUUGCUAAAAGAAUUGAAAUCCCUUGAAAGGUCUCUCCAUCAGGGCGUACCCUAUCAAACAUUAUUUUACUCCAACAUGAAAGAGAUUCAAGAAAGUUUGAAGACAGAAAACUCUGUUCAAGGAAUGGAUAGAAUUUUAGAAAAAGAUCGUAUUCUUGUUAAUAAUCCUGUACUACUACCAAACGGAAAUCUUGUCAACAUGUCUAUUUCAGAUAUUUCCAAUGAGCUUGUUGUGAUCACUGGUCGAUUGUCCUCAUGGAAAGGUGUGACUCCUGACUUUAUUAUUCAUUCUUAUGAAUACUUACUUCUCCAGCAAAAUGCAGAAUAUUUUUCAGAGUUAUUGGCUUCCUAUUGCAACACGAUCACAGACUCUAAAAUAGAACAACACUUGUCCUAUCUGAUUUAUGUGAUAUUGGCUUUUAUGAUCAUAUACAUUGCUCUUGUGGGAGUUUAUGCAUCUUUUGAGAGAAGUUUCUUCCAAAGAAAGAGAAAAAUUCUUAAUGUUUUCCAACACUUGCCCAAAGACAUUGUUGGAACAAUAUUUAACACAACUCAGGGACCAAGCAAAAACUCGUUCUUUUCAAAUCCGAUCAAUAUUCGCUUCACUAGCAAAUCCAUGAUACGAUUGUUAUUGAUUGUUUCCAUAUUUGUCAGCUUGUCUGGAUUGCUGCUGGUUUUUUAUGAAGUUUAUACUUUGGAUUUUUAUAACUCGAUCGUUAUGGAUAAGAUUCAACACUCAUCCAAAGCAUUGAAGUCAUGCACGACACAACAAAUGAAACUCGGUGAUUUGGAAAUGAUGAUGAUGAUCAAUAACUCUACAGAAGAAUCCAUGUCUUUAUUAUUAGAGAUUGUUUCUUAUGAAGAAGUAUUUGAGGAAAAUUGGAGUGAAUUUCGAUAUGGAUCGGGAACAGAACUAUUUAGCCUGAGCAGUUUUGAUGGAUUUAAUUUGUCAUCCAACAACUGCUCGUCUUUAAAUUUCACUUGUCAAAAUCUUAAUGCCAUGGUCGAGCUGUAUCAAAUGCAUGUCGAUAUCUGCACACAGAAUAUCCUUAAUAACAUUGAAAAUAAGGACCCCAUGGAUGUGUCGGUCUUUGAAGAAAUUUCCACUCUUUCUAACAUGGUUAUUGCAGGAAUUUAUCGAGCCUCCACAAACAUUGUAACUUGUAGUACAACAGCAGCGACACCAAUUUCAAUUUGUACUCUUGUGCUUUGUCUGUUACUUUUGUUGAUCCUUUCAGUGUUGCAUUACCACCAUCUAUGCCAUGUUUGCAAUGAAAUUGACUGCCUUCGAAGAUUGAUGAAUUGUGUUCCAGAACAAAUCAUUGAAAAUCAUGAGUUGGUCAAAGCAUUUGUUCUUUUCAAUAGCUUUUCUGUGAAGAAAAAGAAAGAGAAAAACAAAAUUACCAAAGUGGAGGCAAUUUUAAAUGAGGCCAUUGAGGGAGGUAUUAUUUUAAAAACCAAUUCAACUGCAAUUGAUUUUGUGAACCGCAGCGCAUUAGUCAUGCUGGGAUAUGAUCAUGGAGAGUUAACUGAAAUUUCACAAGUCGUCACUGCUGAAAGUUAUAACAAAGUUCUAAAGCCUUGCAUUGACAAGAUGUUAAAAGCUACUCAUUCCUAUGGAGAAUAUGUUGAACUGGAUGCACAAAGGAAAAAUGGAUCCACUUUAUCUGUUGCUUGCUCUGUGGGAUGCUCCAUUUUUGAAAAGAAGAGAUUUAUCACCAUUUUUAUUAGAGAUGUGACCAAUGACAAAAAGCAUAAAUUUCUUUUGGAAGAAGAGAGAAAAAAGAGUGAUUCUCUUCUGUUAAAUGUCCUUCCUGGACAUGUCGCUUCAAGACUUAAAUCUGGAGAAACAUUCAUUUCGGAAAAAUUUGAUGAUGUCACAUGUCUUUUUUCAGACAUGGUUGGUUUCACUCACAUGUCAAGUUCUCUUUCAGCUACAGAUCUUGUUCAACUUCUAAACGACAUUGUGAAUGGAUUUGAUGAAACUAUUAAGAAGCUAGAGUUGGAAAAAAUUAAGACCAUUGGUGAUGCUUAUUUCUGUGUCGGAGGGUUACUUGAAAAUCAACACGAUCAUGUCGAAAGAGUCAUUACCUUUGCUGUACACAUGCUUUCCGUUAUUUCAAAGUACAACAAACAGCAUGAAUCGAACCUCAAAAUUAGAAUUGGAAUUCACACUGGACCUGUGGUUGCUGGAUGGUAUGUUUUAUUUUUCACUGUUCUCUAA